AUGAAUUUAUCCUCCGUAAAGAGACUACCGGAAGGUGCUAUCGUUGCCGGAGCAGAGAAUGAAUAUACUGAUUUUGAUAGCGACGAUGAUUACAAUCAUUAUACGCGCAAUAAAAAAAAACGUAAACAGUCGCGUACAGCAUCAAAUAAGAAUCAAAACCUGAUAAAAAUUCAACCGUGUCAACGUAUUCAAAAAGCAGAACCGCAUAUAGAAAACGAUUACAAAUAUGUUGAUACAUCGUCAAGAUUAAAACAAAUGAUGGGAGAUAUAGAAAAUCAAUCAGAAAUAUCGGUCGAUAGUGAACGUCAUACAUACAGAAGCUACAAAGGAUAUACGUGUCUGAUGCAAAUAUCAACCAGAACAACUGAUUAUAUUGUUGAUCCAUUGGGAUUGAGAAGCGAGUUACAUGCCCUCAACAAUGUGUUUAAAAAUGCAAAAGUUGUUAAAGUCUUUCACGAUGCUGCUUCCGAUGUUGAAUGGUUACAAAAAGAUUUUGGUCUCUACGUCGUUAAUAUCUUUGAUACAUUUCAAGCAUCGAGAGAAUUAAAUUUGCCAUCACAUUCACUAGCUUAUCUUUUGAAACAUUAUUGUGGUGUUGAUGCUAACAAAGAAUAUCAAACAGCUGAUUGGCGACGUCGAAAAUUAGAAGAAAAAUUUUGUCAAAUAGCAUCAAAAAAAUAUGAGCCAAAAGAGUUUGAUCCAAAUGAUUAUGAUCGUUUAUUGAAAGGUAUCAGAGAUAGUUAUAGUGAUAGUGAACGUUCAAUCUUGAAAUCUCUAUAUGCAUGGCGUGAAAGAGUUUGA